AUGUCGGCCCCGAGUGCGCGUCACUGGGAACAAAAUAAGGAAGCAACGGUCUACGUCGGAAACCUCCAUGAGCGCGUUACGCCCCGCAUUCUUCACGAGCUGAUGCUCAACGCUGGCCGAGUACGAAACGUCAACAUGCCCGUCGAUCGCGUCAACGGCCAACACCAAGGGUUCGGUUUCGUAGAAUUCCACACAGAGUCAGAAGCAGAUUACGCGCCCAAGAUCAUGAACAAUGUCGCUUUGUACGGAAGCCGGAUACGCGUGAACAAGGCAUCAGCAGACAAACAGAAGAACGUAGAGAUUGGCGCAGAGCUGUUCAUUGGUAACCUUGAUCCUGGAGUGGACGAGAAAACACUGUACGACACAUUCGGACGUUUCGGACCGCUGGUGAAUGCGCCAAAGGUCGCGCGCGACGACAUCACGAGCGCAUCCAAGGGCUAUGGUUUCAUCUCGUACGGCGACUUCGAGUCCUCAGACGCGGCUAUCGCCAGCAUGCACAACCAGUACAUUAUGAGCAAGCAGAUCACGGUCCAGUAUGCGUACAAGAAAGAUGGAAAGGGCGAACGACACGGAGAUGAAGCCGAGCGUAUGCUCGCGAAACAGGCCAAGGCUCACGGAGUUGCGCCUGCUGUACAACCUCUGCCGGCACAUCUUUUCCAGCUUCCUCCAGGUGCCGCACCAACUGGGCCAGCCAUGGGCGUAGAUGGCCGAGGUGUACCUGGUGCACCAAGUGGACCUGGCGCAGGAUAUGGCCCUCCUGGUGGACCUCCAGGCUAUGCUCCCAAUGGGCCUGGAGGCUACGGUCGACCGCCUUCCGCAGCUCCUGUUGGUCAUCCAGGUCUUCCACCACCCCCAUCCGGCUUACCCGCUCGCCCACCAAGCGGUGCUCCAACAAACUUCUUCCCUCCUCCGCCCGGAUUCAAUGGCCCACCGCCAGCCUUUGGUGGCCCACCUGGCUUUGGGGGACCUCCCGGCUAUGCACAGGCACCGAGGUAG